AGGGAGCCUCCUCUCUUCAACGGCCGACGAGGAGGAGGAGGCACUCUCUCCUCGCCUCCGAAGAUGCUGCUCCUGCUGAAGGGCUUCCCCUCGAAAUGGCGGGCGCUGAAGCCUCCUCUUCCUUGUUAUUCCCGUCCUUAUGGUGGCCCUUUGCCUCCUCUCUUCAGCCUCCUGCUGGGUCCCAUAGGAAGAGGGCAGGAGAGGGGCGACUGCUCUGUGCUCAGAGACCCCGGGAAGAUGCUGUGUCUGAGAGGAACUGGAAACAUAAGAUAUCACAAAAGAACCCUUUAUAGCACACUGGUGCCAUCUGAUGAGGUGACAGUAAAUUAUAAACAUGGACUGCCAAUGAUAACCCUUACAUUACCCUCAAGGAAGGAACGCUGCCAGUUUACUAUUAAGCCAAUGCGAAUGACUGUGGGAGAUUUCUUACAGGAUAUAAAGAGAGAGGAUAAUGCAAUUGAAAAGGUAGAAGUCUUCACAGCAGACAACAGUGUGAUUUCAAAUUCAACACUGAUGGAAGUUCUGUUGAUGAAUGACUUCAAACUUGUCAUUAAUGGUACAGAAUAUAGUGUACACCCUCCACUGAAAGAUAAAAUAAGCACAGAACAUGCUACAGAGAUUGAUGAUAUCAAGUCUCUGGUUCACAGAUUAUUUGCAGCACUUCAUUUAGAAGACCAUCAAACAAGGAGAGAGAGAGAACUAAUGCAAAAAAUGGAACUUCUGAAAGAAGAACUCUUACCUCUAGAACAGAUGAAAGCUGGAAUUACUGCAGAUGUUGAUGCCAAGACUUCUCGUCUUCUGUGGAUUGGUUUGGCCUUAAUGUCGACUCAGGGUGGAGCCUUGGCAUGGCUUACCUGGUGGGUGUAUUCAUGGGAUAUCAUGGAGCCUGUAACAUAUUUUAUCACCUAUGGAAGUGCUAUGGCAUUCUAUGCUUACUUUGUAUUGACUAAGCAGGACUAUGUUUACCCAGAUGUUCGGGACAGGCAGUUCCUCUACUACUUUCACCAGAAGUCUAAGAAAUCCAAAUUCAAUAUGGAGCAGUAUAAUAAAUUAAAAGAUGAUCUUGCAGAGGUGGAAGAAUCCUUGAAACGGCUGAAGAAUCCCUUAAAAUUGCAUCUCCCAAUCCAAGAAAUAGAUGACAAACAUUAAUUUUUAUAGAUCUGUAAAUGUAAUAGCUUUGUUAAAUUGCCUCAAAAGAUCAGAGAAACUGGAUACUUCGAACAGAUGUAGGUUGGUGGCUUUUCAGUGAUAGAGGGGGGAAAUCUAUCACAAAAAUAGUGGACUUAAACCUAUUUCUGAUAACUGGGAUUCUUUUUCAUGUUUUACAAGUAAAUCUGAACUUUCCAUGUAUAUAUUUUUCCCCUUAGGAACACUGUUGAAAAAAAAAAAAGGAACAAAUAGCCAAUUUUUAAGUUUGAAGCCAUUAUUAAUGAACAAAGAAACAAAAAUGUUUUGUUUAGAGUUUAUUUUACUCUGCAACCUCCUCUAUUUGAAUGUAAUUUUCAUAAUGAAAAUAAAAAGACAUUAUAGUUU